UGCCCGAUGGCAUGCAAAUGGCAUACCUAAUGUUACACAAAUGCGACGUUAAAACGCUUUGCCGAGGAAACCAUCAGCUAAGGUUGAAUACUCCUCUUUCAUUCUCCAUCUCUAAGCACCUAAGGUAUCAUGAUUGCAUUUAAAUGGCGACUUUUAGCUCCUGGUAUACUACUGUGCCUGGAACAGAAGUUCCAGUCCAGGAUGUCUUCAAAGAAGCACUGGACAUAUUCUUGGGGGAGCUAGCGAAAGAUCAAACUAAACGAGAAUGGAUUGUCAACACGAAUCAUGGCAACUUUGAGUCUGUCCUUCAAGCAGUCCUAGACGCCCGAAGCCAAUAUGAAAAGCGCAAAGGGGACUCAAAAGUCUGAGAGGCGCUUGUUAAAUUAUCGGAGACGAUACACUAUUAUAGCAGUGUUAUAGAUGUACUCGUCUUGUGUAAAGGUAGAAAGUAAAGCACUACAGCUGUUCGAACUACUUGUUCGGUAAGUCGGAUACCUCAUCCUUGUGCUAGCUACGUAAACUUGCUUAUUGCACCCUAAAGGAUACUGCGUUCUAAUUCAGCGUUAGGCCAGUAAUUAAAUAUUGUUCCAAAAUAAUUCCGAACAGAAAGGCUUCUUAUAUAUCCUGGGGGUAAUUUCCAACUUUGAUACAUUUCCAUAAUCUUUGUAGUUAUAAUCUUUUUUUUGUGGUCUUUAACAAGGGUUGGAAUAACCUUUUUAAAAUACGGUUGUUGAGUUUACGCAGACGGCACAAGUACUUGAAUAGGUAAUAGUUGAGGUUAAUAGAAUACCAGUAUUAAGAGGUUGAGAGGUUUCCUGUUAAGCGCGGAAAAGAAAAUAUCAGGAAGGAAGCAUAAACUGAGUGGAAUGAAAUGAAAAAAGAAAAGAAAAAGCUUGACCUUAGAAAUCGAACCCGGGACUUGUCCAGAACAAAUUAGUCUUUUUGCCGCCUUGCACAUGCGUUCGAAUCUAAAAUCUACGAAAAGACCCCGAGAGGUUUUUCUACAUCCGCUAUACCUUUGACUACU